CUGAGAGGCGUCCUCACCAGCAGCAUCUCCACCAGCGUCCAGUCCAACGGUCCCCUCAACACCAAACGCCUCCAGGCAGGCCUGAAGACCCACGACUUCCGCUCGGAGAUGAUCCACCUCCUGGAUUCCCUUCACGUCCUCCUGGACCCCCUGGAGCUGGCGUUCAACCCCCACACGGCCCACCCCAGCCUGAUCCUGUCCACCGACCUGCGCACGGUCAGGUGCAGCCCCUCCAAGCAGUCCUACCUGGAGCACCCGGAGCGCUUCACCAGCGCCCCCCAGAUCCUGUGCAGCCAGAGCUUCUCCACCGGCCAGCACGUCUGGGUGGUGGAGGUGGGCUCCACCUGCAUGUGGUCCUUGGGGGUGUGCUACAAGAGCCUCCCCCGCCGGGGGGACCACAGUCGCCUGGGGCACAACUCGGUCUCCUGGAGGCUGCAGUGGAAGAACGGCAAGCUGACCGUCUGCAAGUCGUCCAGCAACAUCGCCCUGGGGGAGACCACCUUCCAGCCCGUCAAGAUAGAGAUCGCGCUCGACUUCGAGGGAGGAACAUUAACAUUCAACAGCCUCAAAGGGCGCAGGGAGCACCUCUACACGGUCAGGGCUGUGUUCAAGGAGCCAGUUUACCCCGCAUUCAGCAUUCAUUCGAACACACCGGAGUCCUGGAUCACCCUGAGUGCGUAG